UUAAACGGUAGAAACUAGAGAAGUUUGUUUAUCGAGAAGCGAUGAAAUGGCGCCAUCGUCGUCGCGAUCAUUACCGCAGCAACGAUUAUUGCCACUUGAUAAUUACAUGAACUCAUUAAAAACUCGAAGGUUUAAGAAUUGAGAAUUCCUAGAAGUAAAAGAAAAAAAAACAAUACGAAGAAUAAUCCAAUUAUCAUGAUGAACGUGACAUUAAGCGAGGGUUUCAAUACCACAAACUCCACAAUCAACAACUGCCAAACGAACUUUUCGUUAACUUCACUAAUAGCUCAAGUCAUCUAUUCAGGUGUUUGUAUUGCUGGACUUGUGGGCAACACAAUGGUCAUUUAUGUUGUUGCUCGCUUUUCAAAAAUGCAAACCGUCACCAACAUUUAUAUUUUGAAUUUAGCCGUAGCGGAUGAGUGUUUCCUAAUUGGAAUUCCCUUUCUAUUAACAACAAUGUCAGUGGGUGCUUGGACAUUUGGAACAGUAAUGUGUAAAAUUUACAUGACAUCAACUAGUAUCAAUCAAUUUACCAGCAGUAUUUUUAUUUUCAUCAUGAGUGCUGACAGAUAUAUUGCCGUAUGUCAUCCAAUAUCAUCGCCCCAAUUUCGAACUCCGUUCAUCUCAAGAAUUGUGUCACUUGGUGCUUGGAUAAUGAGUGCACUAUUCAUGAUACCAGUGUUUCUUUACGCAAAUGCAUUGCCUAGUGAAAAUGGUUCACUUAGCUGCAAUAUUUACUGGCCUAACGAACACGGCGGUCAGACAACAUUCACCAUUUACACUUUUCUUCUUGGCUAUGCAAUUCCAUUGACUUUAGUCUUGGUCUUUUACAUUCUCGUCCUAAGGAAAUUACAAACAGUAGGACCACAAAAUAGAUCCAAUGAUAGACGACGUUCGAAUAGAAAAGUCACCAUCAUGGUACUAACUGUAAUAGCAGCAUACAUAUUUUGUUGGGCACCAUAUUGGGUAACGCAAAUGUCACUAAUUUACACUGAACCCAACGAAUGUCAAUCAGAAUUGACAAUUACAAUUUUCCUCAUGGCCGGAGUAUUCUCCUAUUGUAACAGUGCUAUGAAUCCAAUUCUCUAUGCCUUUCUUAGUGAUAAUUUUCGAAAGAGUUUCGCGAAGGCCUGCACUUGCACCGCCAGUAAGGAGGUGAAUGCAAAUUUACAUUUUGAAAACAGUGUCUUCCCGAGGAAGAAUAAAGGCAAUAAUGAAAGACUACAAGCUGAUCGUAUGGUUGUAUCUGCACAAUCAAAGGAUGAUAUCGAUGAUAAAGAGGAUGAACGAGGUUUGUUAAUUAGUAAAACAUCAACAACAAAUGUUACCAUGACUUCGAGGACAAAUAUCACAAUUAAUAGUGGAUCUCGAGAGCAGGAUGAACAGGAGAUAGUGGAUAAGAAUCUUCUGAAAAAUGGUGCACAACACACUUUGCUGACGCAGGUCUAAAGUUCUAUUUUUUGUGCUUAAAAAUAGCACUGAUGUAUCUUGUGUCAUUAAUCAUCAAAGAAAAGUUUAGGAUUUCAAGAUCAAUGUGGUUGAAUGAACAUUUUAUUAUAUAGAUAAUUUAUUAAUAAGAUAGAGAGAUUAUAAGAGUUGUAUGUUAAAAUGAUUUGUGAGAUUAUUUGUGAUCAUAUCAAGUAAUUAAUCUUGCAACGGACACUAAAAGGGUACAAUUUCGAGAAAGUGAAAUUAGAUGGAAUAUAAUAUUUUAGAUGCAUAAUGAAAAAACCUACAAUUAGGUUUUAGUUUCUAAUGGCCUAAUUUUUAAUAUCUUAAGGGUCAUUGUUACACAAUGUUGAGUAGACUGUUAGGGUUAGGAUCUCAAUUCAACAUCUGAGGUAUUACAUGUUAUGAUAAUUUGGCUAAUGUCAUGGCAUGUAAUUCAUCAUUUUUUUAAUCAAUUCUACAAUUUCUAUCAUCACGAACUUACAACUCUAUUGGCAACACAAAUACACUAAAGAAGUCGUCGAAAAAAGUAUGCCGGACGUAUGGGCUUAGCUUAUCCACGAAUUUGGUAAGUCUAGGAGUUUUAGGGCGUUAUUUUCCAUUUUAAAGAAUUUAAUUUCAUUCGAAGGAGUUUAACGUUAAUUGACAGUUUGUGAUUACAUAACUUGUUAUUUAUCUCGUUUCGACGAGAGGUCUGGUGUUUUUUAAUUUCCACAAUUUGAGGGUUUAAAACUUUUUCCAGUGUAGUACAUAAACCAAAGAGUUGAGAUUCGUGUCUAAGAAGCUAUAGAAAGAUUUUAAAGAAUUUGAAUUUCCUUCCGAUUGUCAGUAACUAAAAAUAUAUUCCUUUGUACAGAUCUUCCUAAACUAAGAUGAAAACUUGACGAAAUCGUUUAAUUCAGUUUUGAAAAACAAACAUUUCUUUAUGUACAAAACUAAAAGGUAGAAAGAAUUUUAUGUUCGCGAAUAUUUUUCCAGUGCAAAUUCUCUACUACAAAACAAACAAAAUAAUCCUUAAAUUGUAUACAAACAAAAAUAGAUUUUGCAGGUAAAUUCUUGUCUACUCUCCAUAUAGUUUAUAACUGUAGACAGAAAUAAAACGAUAAAGAUUAUAAAUACUAGAAUUAUAAAAAAGUAGAUGUUAUAAUUCUACAUCUAUAAAAUAAUGGAAACAAUUUUAACUGUUUUCAAAAGCGUAACGUAAAGUGUGUGAAAGAAAAGAUCUAAAUAAUUAUUUAUUGGGCCGUUUACAUUUGUAUAAUAAUUUAAUGGUAAAGGCCUAUUUUCAAAUACUAUUUUUUUUAUAAAAAAUUUAGAAAUAUAUUUCUUGAAUAUUACAAUUAUUAACCUCAAUCAAAUACAAUUACAACAAAAAAAUGCCAGAAUCUAAAUUUUCGAAUCUUUCAAUAAAACAUUCAUGAGAAUGUAUAUUGUGUGAAUUGUAAUUUUUCAACAAAAUGUAAAAAUGCCUAAAUAAUCUACAUCUAUUUUAGAUUGCACGAAUGUUAAGGAACAAAAUUUUUUUUUCUAAAAAAGAAUGAACAGGGUCUGAAUGUGUUUUUCCUUCUUCGACACUUGUUGCACUCUCUUUAGUGACUUACAUUAUUUGUAUAUAUAUACAUACUUUUACGUCUCACAUAUAUAAAUUCUCAACAUUACCUUCACGUAAAACCAAAAGAGACAAUUUUGUAGUUACAAACAUUUUUCACUUUAACUUUUUCUCCAUUUUUUGUUAACCAUUUUUUUCGUUUUAAGCGUUGUUGGCAUAAAUCGUCUAGUUUGUGGAGAAUAACCAAUGCAGCACAUUCAGAAUUUUAAAUCAUAUCCUUAAAAGUACUUUUAAACGACCACCACACGCUCAUUUUCCAUUUUUAAACUAGAAAUAAAAAACGAAUUUUCUAUUAUUACAAAAAUUUGCGGAUUAUUACAAAAAGAGAUAGUUUUUAUUAUAUUCGAAUAGUAAAUUUAACUUUCAAAUAAAAUAUUUAAUUAAAUAAAUUUUUUUCUAAACUUUUUUCUUUUACUUGUAUUGAACAUUUAAUUAUGUCCAAUAAGUGUCGAAAUAUUAUACGAUUAAAAUUGUCUAAUGUUUAUAUUUAGAUAAAAUUUUGAUUUUAUCAUUUUAAAGAGUGGCGCUGCUCAAAUAUAAAUUUAUGACCGAAUGGAUAAAUCAGACUUCAAUUAGCUUAAUGCGCAAAGUAAUGAAUGAUAAAUUAUUCAGAAUGUCUACUUCGAAUCGUUCAAUUUUACUCCAGACAUAUUUCAAAAUUGGAAAUUUCCUACUGAACUGAGAAAGUUUUUCAUGAUAUUCUCUAUUUUAAAAGUCAUUUAAAUAUAAUUUCCCCCGAAAAGAAUUAAACGUUUAUUUGAAAAAAUUGGAUAAAGUUUUUUCAUAUGAGAAAAAAAAUUACUAUUUGAAUAGCAUAAUUCUUUAUUAAAAUUUA